AUUAAAAAAAAAGCCAAUCCAGGACGGUUUCUCCCUCCAGAAGUGGUUUCUUUUAAACCACGUGUUGACUAUUAGUGUGUCAGGGCCACACCUCAGGGUAAGUAAAGAGCUACAUCAGGCAGGUAGCUCUUUACUUGCCCUCUCCUUUAGCUGACGCCUACAACCAAAUGGACUUCUAAAGCAUUAAUACUGAAGCAACAACAAAAUGUGUGCCCUGGAAUCCAAAGUGAUUGAAGAUAUUAAAAAGGCCCUGGAAAAAAAUGACACGGACUCGGCUGCAUUAAUAACCCAAAAAUAUUUAGGAGAUAUAAAUAAUAUUUCACUGCACAUUGCUGUCACAGGAGAAAGUGGAGCUGGAAAGUCCACCUUUGUUAAUGCCUUCAGGGGGAUAAAAGACAGAGAUGAGGGAGCGGCCCCUACUGGUGUUGUGGAAACGACCAUGAAGCCUGAGCCUUACCCACAUCCAAGACACCCCAAUGUUACAUUAUGGGAUCUCCCGGGAGUUGGAACCACCAAAUUCCCAGCUGAUCAGUACCUGGAGUACGUUGAGUUUGAAAAGUUUGAUUUUUUCAUCAUCGUAUCAGCUGAUCGCCUCAGUGAGAAUGAUGCCAAGCUGGCUCAGGAGAUCAAGAAAAUGGGCAAGAAGUUCUACUUUGUUCGCUCUAAGAUUGACAACAAUCUAAGUGAUGCAAAAAGGAGCCAGAGGGAGUACGAUGAAGAAAAGACACUUCAGGAAAUCAGGGACAACUGCAUUCAAGGACUUGAAAAACAGGGUGUUGCGUCUCCUCAGGUCUUCCUGUUGUCUAGUUUUGAUCUCCAUUUGUACGACUUCCCCGCCCUCCAGGACACCAUGGAGAGAGAGCUUCCCUCACACAAGAGAGACUUUCUGAUCUUAGUCCUUCCCAACAUCUGCAAAAGCACAAUUUACAAGAAGAAAGAGGUUUUCAGUUCACGAAUAAAGUACUAUGCUAUUUUGUCUGCCCUCGUAGCAGCUGUACCUCUCCCAGGGCUUUCCAUUGCUGCAGAUUCAAGCAUUCUGGCCACUGUUCUACAGGACUAUUUGAAUGGGUUGGGCCUAGAUGAAAAAUCGUUGGAGAAAAUUUCCAAUGCUACAAAAAGGUCUUUGUCGGAUGUAAGGGCAGGGAUGAAAUGUCUUUGUUCUGGACAGAAUGUAACUAAGGAGCAUGUUGCUACAAUGCUUAAGCACUCUGUAUAUCCCACUGUGUUGGUAGCAGCAGAGGAAGGUUCCAAAUGGUUACCUGUACUGAAAAUCCCGAUGGCGGCCAUGCUUUCUUUCACUUCCAUUUACAGGGUUUUGACUUCUACUCUUGAAAGCCUAUCUGUUGACGCAGAAAAUGUUCUGAUGGAGGCAUUGGACAUUAAGUAAUGUCAGGUAAUGGUCAUGCCUUUAUCAGGACCAAUGAACAAUUCAGCUGAACAAUGAAGGUUUAAAAUAUGCAAAUGGUGGAAAAAGUUAUUCAAUAAAAGGAUAUAGAAAAUGUGUUUUUUCAUGUCUUAUGAGGGGAACAAUAAAAUAAAAAGGUCAGGUAUAUAGUAUAAUAUAAGUAUAAAACAUUAAAUACAAUAUAUAUACAUAUCAGAUAUUAUACUACUCUAUCCAUUUUCGCGAAUGGUCUGACUUUUGACUCUAUACUGCCGCCUCGUUUUCCGGUGGUAUUGCUCCGUUUCUCCCGGAGCACUCCGGAUUCGUAAGCUCAGAGGCGACGGACCCAUUGACGGACGAAACACCUCCGGGACCGGACGGAAUGGUCCGUAUCCGUAUUUACCGUAGGGUGUGAAUGGGCCUGAAGAUACUCCGAAACCGGAUACAUCGAAACCAGAACGGUUUCGUCCGUUUCGGCUUCUUGUGGACUGGGCCUAAGGAUUCAAAACCGGGAAACAAUGAAAUACACUGUUAGAACAGUGCCAGAUUUGAAACUCUGCAAAUGCGCUGGUGUUAUUGUUUGAACUUUGAAAACAUGUUUGUGGAAAAAAAAAAUACUUUGAAAAUGUGUUGGUGAAAAUGAUGAAGAAGAUAAAAUAGAACACAAAAUUUUAAAAAAAGUUUACAGAUGUUUGAAUUUUUGUUUGAAUUUUGUUCAGGUUAUAAUCUCUUUUUUCAGCGUUGCAAAACCUUUUUUACAAGGUGUUGAGUUUUCAAACCCAGACUUACAAGCCUUUGAAACUUUUUUUUUCAUGUUUGAAUUAUGGCAGGGAACUGGCUCCAUACUAAGGGCAUUGUUAAAAAGUCUUUGUUCUGGAAAGAAUGACACUAAAGAGCCUGUUUUGUUAAUGCUGCAUUGUCUACCACUUGUUAUGGGUGAGGCAGCAAAGGUAGGUUCCAAAUGUAUUCCUAUUUUUGGAUUCACAAUAGGAUAACAAUCAAGCAUGUCAUUUCUGUCUUUCUCUUUCAUCCCAUCAUCACUAUCAUAUUACGAUGAAAUUACCUUGUACGUUGUAUA